AAUUCCAGGGAACAAAUCUUGUGAAUUAAAAUUAAUUCAAAAGAAGUUAACAGCAAUAAAAAAAAAAAAGGUCCUCGGAGUUUGAGAUCCCAACAUUAAGCCAUUUAGAAAAUGACAUGAGAGCAACAACAGUUUUACACCCUUUGAAUCUACUUUAGGGUGUCAGAGGCUGGAACCUAUCCCUGUAACAUCAGACUGAACUCCAGCCCAACACAAGUUCCACACAUCUGUGCCCACAAUUCAUCACAAAGUUGCAGUAAACCUAAUAUACAUACAUUUUGGAAUGUUGGUGGAAAACCUUGGAAGAAAACAAGUCGACACAGAGAAAUAACCCUGGUGCAAUUAAUAUUCAAGCUACUGUAUGAUCCAACUGGUCUGCAAAAAAGGCUGCUUUCAUCAACAAUUUUAGGUGUUCUUUUUAGAUAUGAGUGUACUGAAUCCAAAUUUAGCAACUGAAUAAUUGCAAAUUUAUGAAAUAUAUUGUACAGUGUCAACAAGUUGGAAUUGGCCAGGGAUGAGUAACAGUACUAUGUGCUGGCAUUCCAUCACACAAAUAGAAAUGCUAAGCCUACAAUGUUGCAGACAAAAUUUCAUGUAGUGCAGCAACAGUGGGCACUCCUUUUAAGGAUAGCAAACUAGCAAAGUGCUGAUUGCCACAGAGACUGCCAGGGACCUGAUUGGCUUUUCUGAGUAGCUGCUGGAGAGUCUCGAGGCUGACAUCCAGGAACUGGAGUUCCAUUUUCAGCAUCAUUAUACUAAAAGACACUGGAUUAUGCUAAGUUAGCCAGUUUUGCAUUCAAGUUGUCGGUAUGCAGAUUUACACAUAUUCCAUCAUUUCUGGUAAUGCAAAAAUGAGUUUUGAGAAAAAGUCUAAAAGAAGGUUAUCCACUUACAUACGUAUGAGUGAACCGAAGACGCAAAAACAAAAUUGUCAAGGUUUAUAGAUAUAAUAAUAAAUAUGCAGUUGUCUAUAUACAAAUAUUAAAAUGUAGCGGGGGCAGGAUAUAGGUUAACAAACAUUGCCCUAACUGCUACACUGUGCCCUAUGGUUGUUUUGCACUUUAAAAAUCAGUAGGUUACUAAAAUCAUGAAAUCUGUAUUUGGUCAGUAGUUAGGCAAGGUUUUAAGUUUAUUUAUAUACAUGCAGGAGAAUACAAUGUGGAAUUGUACUGAAAACAGUUUUGCAGUGACAAAAACAUUAGAACCCGUUUGAUUUACCUUGUGCUUGGAAAGUUUUUUAGCAUUAUAGCCCCAAUUUGAAGUUGUAUCUGGGGUACUAAAUGUUUUUGUACCACAGAGUGGGCCUCCUGCUUGUCCAAAAGCAGCAUUUGCAUUCUUUAUAGAAAGCCUUCUACAACCUAUGUAGGUAAAACAUCCAGAUAGUUUGUACUAUAUAGUACUUCAUGAAACACAUCGGAGCCAUUAGGAUAAAAAAAAAAAAAAUCACAAACCUUAUUGUAACACACUUCUUAUGAUCAGAGAUUAAACAGUCUUUUGCUGUAUUUAAUUGCAAUGUAAAGACAUUUACCAAAAAAAAGCAAAAGGAGAUAUUAUUCGUCUUGGCUCACAUAUCCCCACGAGUGUAGGACAAGAUCACCUUUUGAGUUCUCCCUUUAUUUCCUCAGAUGGUUGCUUGAUACCCACACUCACCUCAUUUCAUGUUUGUGAGUCUCCCUUGAAUCUUUUUUUUUUUCUUCAUUUAAUACACAUUCUUAGACAUAUCUGCUGAAAGGUCCAUGGCAUUGUGUUUUUAGCUUAAUUUUAUAAUAUGAAUUAACUUGGAUAUUAACUGCAAUUCUUUUUGCAGAAGAAUUGUUUUCAUAACUGUAUAUUUAUAUCUAUUUUCUUAUUAAACCCUUUUAGCUGUAUAGUGCAGGGAAACUAGACUUUUUUUUUACAGCAUUAAAUGCCUGGAAGGAGUCAAUCCAGAGUGGGUGAUUUGUUUAUCAGAAGGCUUCCACGAAGCAAUAUAGAAAGGCAAAUAAACAUAAGAAACAUACAACUGCCUUGAAAUGUGGUGUGACACUGGAGUACCCACAGCAAAUCUGCAUGUCCAGGAUUAUGGAGUUUUGGGGCAGCAGUGUUAUGCCUGCACAGUGAAUAGACACAUUGUAGAUCCAACUAUAAAUGAUAUGGACACAUCUGCUAGAAAGCCACAUCGGAUCUUGGUUACAGGAGGCUCAGGGUUGGUGGGCAGAGCCAUCGAGAAAGUGGUUCAAGAUGGAGAAGGACGGGAGGAUGAGGAGUGGAUCUUCCUGUCUUCCAAGGAUGCAGACUUAACGAAAGCAGAAGACACAUGGGCUGUGUUUGAAAAACACCAGCCUACUCAUGUCAUCCAUUUGGCUGCAAUGGUGGGAGGCCUUUUUAGGAACAUGAAGUACAAUUUGGAUUUUUGGAGAAAAAACAUGCUUAUAAACGAUAAUGUUCUGCAGUGUUCCUAUAAAUUAAAAGUUCAGAAGGUUGUUUCCUGUCUUUCAACCUGCAUCUUCCCAGACAAAACUGAAUACCCCAUUGAUGAAUCUAUGAUUCAUAAUGGUCCCCCUCAUGGCUCUAAUUUUGGAUACUCAUAUGCGAAGAGGAUGAUUGAUGUGCAGAACAGGGCGUACUUUCAGCAACAUGGCUGUAAAUUCACUUCUGUUAUCCCAACAAAUGUGUUUGGACCUCAUGACAACUUUAAUAUUGAAGAUGGCCAUGUUCUGCCUGGACUAAUCCAUAAAACCUAUCUAGCUAAAAAACAGGGUACUCCACUGACUGUUUGGGGGUCUGGAAAGCCAUUGCGUCAGUUCAUCUACUCAUUGGAUCUGGCGCGUUUGUUUAUCUGGGUAUUGAGAGAAUAUCCAGAGAUUGACCCUAUAAUCCUCUCAGUGGGAGAGGAAGAUGAAGUUUCAAUCAGAGAAGCGGCCGAAAGCAUUGUGGAGGCAAUGGGAUUUGAAGGACAAGUUAUUUUUGAUGCCACAAAAUCAGAUGGUCAAUUCAAGAAAACAGCCAGCAACAAGAAACUGCGCAAAUACCUUCCUGCAUUUGAAUUUACUUCUUUUCAACAAGCGGUGAAGGAAACCUGUAGAUGGUUUGAAGACAACUACAGCACAGCUAGAAAAUGAAUUAAAAGGUUGUAGUGAUGUGUUUUUGUAUAUAAUUUAAACUUUGAAGAAUAGAGAAGAGUUCUUGAGGCUUAAUUUUGCAAGAAUUUUUAGGGUUCUGCUACAAAAGUAAAGCCUUUUUAAGACAUUCUGACCAUAUGAUCAGUUACUGUUUUUGUCCUUAAGGAGAACAGUCAUGAAAGAACUCUUGUUGUGUGUUUUGGAUCCUGCUCAUUUUUGUGGAGGGUGUUAUUAUGUGUGUGAAUUCUCUUAUGUUUGUAUGUUAUGCUCUUAAUUAUUUAGAAUACCAGAGUCCUCUAGUCUGUUAUUAAAAAAAUGAGAAAGUGUGUGCAUUUACUCAUGCAGUCCUUUCUGAUGUUGGAAGUUAACUUUAAAGCUGAAUGACUUUGUUGGAACAAGUGAUGUGUUGUUACAGGAACAGUAGAAAUAUGCCUAUUUCAGAUGGACCUAGUAUUGCUGCUUGUUACAAUAUAGGAAGUGUUCGAGUUUUGUUUUAUACUGUACUUAAAGUAUCAGUGUAUGUAAAGAAAGGAGCUUAUUAGGGCAAGAGAAACUUUGUUUACAUCAAAGAACAAAAGUGGAUACAAAUUUUUGAAAGCAUUGCCAACAACGAAUGUAAUUCUUCUACAACAAUUGUCAUGCACAAAAAUCAAAUUCUUCAAAAAUGAUCCCAGGGCUCUCAGAGGUAGAAGGAGGGCCCUGACUGCACAGUUUAUGCAGCGACAGUAGGUGCUGUUUACAUUAUCAUUUCCCAACUUUGGUAAUGUUCACCACUGAAGUGGGUGUGAGUUUUGGUUGCUUUAUAGCAGGAUGAACAAACUAGCCACUCAUUUAACUACUGUUAGCAUUUUUGCGGUUGCUUAUGUCUUUUAAAAAGCCUGCUGCACUUCAGGUAUUCAAGUUGUCCUCCUUUCAACACCACACAUUGGUUACAGCCUUAAAUUUACCGUUGUCACUGCAAUUGCUGCUUUCUGUGCUGUUUUAGGUAGUGGGCCAUGGCUGUAUAAAUAAAUACUGGUGGUGUUUGUGGUUUAAGGGCAUAACAUUGUAUAACAGUUGAGUGAUUUUAUUUACUACUUUUCCAAUAGAUUUUGUAUGAUUUAUAAUUCUAAUGUAAAUCUGAGGUAGAACACUCGAAUACAUCAUUGAAAUAUGUUUUUAUACAAAAUUACCCAUGUCACAGUUGGCCAUACGUUUAAAAAAAAAAAAA